AGGGCAAAUAUAAACACAAUAUUAAACAUGAUUAAAAGAGACCAACAAAAUGGCUUAAUAAUUACAACAUUAAAUUUAUAAUAAAAUAGCAAUAAACGGCUGAUGUCGAGUCGGAAAUUUGUAUAUUAAGAUCCUUGUAAAUGUUUAAUAAUAGUAAUUAUAAUACAUUUUAUUUAUAAGCGCUUUUCAAGACACCCAAGGACACUUCACUAGAUAAAACAAAACAAUGCAGCACAGCACAGUUUUCUCUAUUUUUUAUUUAUUAAUUUAUUGUUUUCCAAGUCUAGUAUUUUUACAUUUCUUUUUUGUUUGUAGAUAGGACCUAGCGACCGUGCACCAGAAAAAAGGUUCCGCUCUUGUUUCUAGGGGAAAUCUUUGUACCUUCCUUGUUUGCCUACCGCUCGUACAGGUGUGGUGUUGGCGGAAGUCAGUGAGAUACUAGCUGUCUGUUAUUUGGAGAACAAAACGACCAAGAAGACGACGCCUAAACAUUUCAAACACUAAGUAUUGCUUUUGUCGCAACCCCUCGCAGGAGUGGAGCUGCUUCCUGUUUCCGGUACGAGACAAGGCUGUGCUUCCCUCACCUACAGCUGAACUCGAAUAUAUUAUAUAAUUACUUAAAUAAAGUAUGUAAAACUGCUACGUAAGGACGCCAGCUUACUUUAUGGUAAUCCAAGAACCCUCCACCAAAACACCUAACGUGUUGUUAAUUCUACGAUUUCGCCAUGGAAGGAACGUCUAAAAGCACCAUAGAGGAUGGGCCUUCAGUUGCAUCACAGGUUCCAUUUCUUCACCUGUGUACUGCUUUGGAGAAAAUCCAAAAGUCAAAGUUACGUCCAGAAAAAUCCAAGAUCCUUGGGGAUUUAAUUAAGUCGUGGAGAGACUUUCAUUCUGUUCUCCACAAAGGCAACUUAAAAACAACAGACUCCUUCUACCCAGCCAUGCGCCUCAUAGUUCCUCCUUUUGAACGAGAGCGAAUGGCAUAUGGUAUCAAAGAAAGCAUGUUAGCUAAGCUCUACAUUGAUGUGUUAGGCCUCCCAAAGAAUGGCCCAGAAGCCAAUAAACUCCUAAACUACCGUGCCCCUACUACCUCCCAAGGAGAAGCUGGAGACUUUGCUGGCAUGGCAUAUUUUGUCUUAAAGAAACGAUGCACCAGCCAAGGAAACCUCAGCAUUAAAGAGGUCAACGACUUUCUGGACUCAGUAGCUGCCAACAAUGCAGGGAAACAAAAGGAUCUGAUAAAAAAGAGUCUCCUGCAGCUCAUCACCCAGAGCUCAGCUCUUGAGCAGAAGUGGCUGAUCAGAAUGAUUCUAAAGGACAUGAAGCUUGGGAUCAGUAAAGAGACAGUUCUUCAUGUCUUUCACCCAGACGCUGUAGAACUUUUUAAUGUCAACACAGACUUGAACAAAGUGUGUCAGCAGCUUCAUGACCCCUCUGUGUCAUUAAGUGAAGUUUCUAUCGGAAUUUUCUCUGCCUUUAAGCCCAUGUUGGCAGCUGUGGCUAACAUACGCAAUGUAGAGAAACAGAUGGGCAAUAGCCCUUUCUACAUCCAGACCAAGCUGGAUGGAGAGCGCAUUCAGCUGCACAAAGAUGGAGAUGUCUACAAGUAUUUUAGCCGCAACGCUUAUGAAUACACACAGCAGUUUGGAGGGUCCCCUCUGGAGGGUUCACUGACCCCUUAUAUUCAUAAUGUUUUUAAGAACCAUGUAGUGAACUGCAUUCUGGAUGGGGAGAUGAUGGCUUACAACCCCACUACAGAGAGCUUCAUGCAGAAAGGAAGCAAGUUUGACAUCAAGAGGCUCAUGGAGGACUCAGAGCUGCAGACGUGCUUCUGUGUCUUCGACGUCCUGUUAGUCAAUAACCAGAAGUUUGGUAAUGAGACACUGAGAAAACGCUGCGAGAUCCUGCAGACAGUUUUCAACCCAGUGAAGGGAAGGAUCCACAUGGUGCCAAAGACUGAUGCGAGAACCAUGCAGGAGGUGGUGGACGCUCUGAACGAUGCAAUAGACAAUAGAGAAGAAGGGAUCAUGGUCAAAGAUCCAUUAUCUGUCUAUAAACCUGACAAACGAGGGGAAGGAUGGCUGAAAAUAAAGCCGGAAUACGUUGAUGGAUUGAUGGACGAGCUUGACCUCUUGAUUGUUGGUGGAUACUGGGGUAAAGGAAGACGAGGUGGAAUGAUGUCUCAUUUCUUAUGUGCCAUUGCUGAAGCUCCCAAGCCUGGAGAGAAGCCGUCAGUUUUCCACUCUUUCUGCCGCAUUGGCUCCGGCUACACUAUGAAGGAGUUGUAUGAUCUCGGUUUAAAGUUAGCCAAGCACUGGAAGGUUUACCGGAAAAAUGAUCCACCAUCAUCUAUCCUGUGUGGAGCAGAGAGACCAGAGGUCUACAUUGAGCCUUGCAACUCUGUUAUCAUCCAAGUUAGGGCGGCUGAGAUUGUUGGAAGUGACAUGUAUAAAACCAACUGCACACUGCGCUUCCCAAGGAUUGAGCAGAUCCGAGAAGACAAGGAGUGGCACCAGUGUAUGACUCUGGCAGAGCUGGAUCAGUUCCGCAACAAAGCGUCAGGAAAACUAGCUUCGAGGCAUCUUAGCAUCAGCAACGACGAGCCACAAAAGAAGAAACGCAAGUUUGCACCAAAGCCUAAGAAGGUGAUUGGUAUUAUGGACCACUUCAAAGCUCAGGACCUUUCCGGGGUCAAGAAGGAGACGGAUAUGUUUGAAGAUGUAGAAUUCUGCAUUCUAAAUGGGACAGAGGACCAUCCCAAAGCUGAGCUGGAGAAAGGAGUUGCAAGGUGUGGAGGAGUUGUGGUUCAAAACCCUGGACCAGACACCUACUGUGUGAUCGCUGGUGCCAAGAACAUGCGAGUGAAGAACCUGAUUUUGUCCGACCAACACGAUGUAGUUUGGGCCUGGUGGCUGUUGGAGUGUCUCGACCAGAAACAAGUGGUACCCUGGCAACCGCGGCACAUGAUCCACAUCUCACCCUCUACCAGGGAACAAUUUGCCAAGGAGUACGACAGCUACGGCGACAGUUACUUUGUGGACACAGAUGUGCAGCAGCUGCAGGAGGUCUUUGGCCGCAUCCCUGCUGCUGCUGCUGCUGACACCAUAGACGUUGGUCAGGUGGAGCAGCGUUUUGGCUGGGACAACAUCCCCACUAGCAUGUUCAGACCUUUCACAGCUUACAUGGACAGCUGCGCUGACCUAGGAGACCCUGACACGCUCAUGCCCGCCUCCUGUUUAGACAUCAGAGCUCUGGAGUUUCGCUUCCAUGGAGGCACAGUGCUGCCGACACUGGAGGAAGGUGUUUCACACGUUAUCAUCACUGAAGAAACAAAGAUGGAGGAGCUGAAGACAGUGAGGAGACGAUUCACAAAGAAGUUUAAGAUUGUAAGAGACUCGUGGGUGACAGAUUCAAUCAGAGCAGGACAUCUGCUCAAUGAUAACAUUUACUUAGUUUGAAGUAAAUCUGCUGAUAACCAGGACUGGAUGAUAGAACUGUUUAGUUACAAAGUGUGAAAUGACAUUGUUUAGAUUAUGAUGCUGCUGCUUUAAACUAAUUAUGAUUAUGUUAACAGGCACACCAGGUUAGAGUCUUUUACUACUCAACACAUUCACGUAGCAUUUAUUUCAAAAAUCUACUGAACUUUAUUUUAGACUAAAAUCAUUCAGAAAUACCCUUUCCCAUAGAACGCAACAAUGAAAUCAAGGCAUUUUCCUCACCGUGGGAAAAAUAUUAGAUUAUUUUUAAAAUCAAUUAGCCUUGCUGUGUCAACACGGGUCUUCCCGAGCGCCCUUCCCUGCAGGGGGCCCCAACCACACUUUGGGAACCUCUGUUACAGACAGCUGGCCUUAUACAGUCCCUCCACUUCUCACUGUAUACUGGUUUAAAAAUGAUAUGCAACUCUCAUAACAGGUAGUUCAGCUAACAGCAGGACAACACAGCCUGUCUCCCUUUUUUACCCUGCAGGACAUUUCAUGUCAGCUACCACGCUGUAAUUGUGGAUAAGAAUGACAGGAUAAUGAAAUUAUUGCUCUGAGUGUUUUCCCCAGAGCCGAGAAACUUGAGUUAAAGUUAGACAAAGAGUCUACUGUGGUUUUAUUUUAAUGAUGUAGGUUUUUUUAAUCAAAGCUUAUCAAUACAUUAGCCUGACUGUCACACAAAUGGAGUGACUUUUAUCUGUGGUUUUUAAUGAAUGGUUGAGGCUUGUUAUUAGUUUUGAACAAAUAUGUCUCUCAGGAAUUCAACUUUAGCACUGACUCACUAAAGUCUAGAGUUUUUAGGUGUAUUGUCAGAAUGUGGCUGUAUCAGAAUAAAUAAUCAGGAUUUUAUGGCCGUAUUUGUUAAGUCAAACGUCAAAGACAGCCCUUGUAGUCUGAUCACCAGGUUGUACUGCAAUGCAUGUAUUAACUUUUUAAUUAUUUUAAAUAAAUACCUGAACCUUAAUAUGAGUUAAAUAGAACAGAUUGAAGUUAUAGAAUAAAGUGUAUAUACAUUAAUGUUUGAGCACAAAAUACUGCUUCCUGUCUACGCAAAAGUAUACAGAUCUGUUGGAAAAUCAAAUCAAAUUAAGUUAUCUGUGGGAUCCAAAGUGUUUGGUGAUAUGUCUAAUGGAAUUUGGAUUGUUUUCAAUAAAGACAACUUUAGUAAUUACUA